AUGCUACCUGGAGAAGUGUUGGGUCCUCACGGAACUUCCGGCUGCCGCGACAAUGGCUUUCUUUACCUGCGGGCCUGUGCUGAGUACCGCCUCCUGCUGACCAACACCUUUCGCCUGCCGACGCGGAAGGCGACUUGGAUGACCCCCUCAUCGCGGCGCUGGCAGCUGUUGGACUCUGUUGUCGUCCAGCGGCGAAAUCAGCAGGACGUGCCGGUGACGGAGGUGAUCCCGGAUGUCGGUGGCUGGACGGACCAUCGCCUUAUCCUCUUCGAGAUGAGGCUCGGCCUGCAACCUUGUAGGAAGCCUCAAGGUAAGUAACCCUCAGGUAAGCUGGAUGCUGCUUUGCCUGCUCACUAUUUGUUUUUCAGAAAUUAACUGACUGAGUGGCUGGAAGACCUGCCAUCUGCAGAUGAAAACGCCUCCGUGGAGACUCGAUGGUGCCGACUACGGGAGCCCGUUCACUCGACCGCCCUCGCUGUCCUUGGCUGCGCGCAUCGUCAGCACCAGAACAGGCUCGACGGCAACAACGCAGCCAUCAGUAAUCAGCUGAAGGAGAACAGACUACACAGUGCCUACUUCGACCAUCCAACCGACGCGAACAAGGCCACCUUCUACCAAUGUCGCCACCUUGCGCAGAAACGGUUGCGUGAAAUUUAGAACGACUGGAUGGCUCUCAAUGCCGAGGAGGUCCAGGGGUAUGCCGACCGCAACGAAUCAAAGACCUUCCCUGCUGCGAUCAAGGCGAUCUACACCCCCCCCACUACCAACGAAAGGAACCGCGUCGCUUCUCAGCUCCGAUGGAUCACGUUUCUGAAGAAGAAGAAGAAGAAGAUGCAGGUUCUGAUGCGCUUGCCCGAGCACUCAAGAAACGUUUUAAACCGUCCCUCCACAAUCUCCGACGUCACCAUCGACCGGCUCCCCAAGUAGAAACCAACACCGAUGUGAAUCUGCCGUCCUUUCUCCCAGAAACCAUCCGCGCCGUGCAACAACUCUCUAGCGGGAAAGAACCCGGCUCCGGUGUGAUCCCAGCUGAAAUCCAAAAGCACUGA